UUGCCACGAAAUGGUCAGCCCGGUGCCAUGGAUGACUGACCGAGAGCGUUAUGAUAUAUGGAGGCGAAUGCGAAACUCAGCCCAUCUAUCCGAUUCAUUCAAUCGAAUGGCCUGGAUCGGAGACGAUGCUCUCAAGACUCAGGUUACGCAAUACCUGUAUCAAAGUACCUUGGAUCGGUUUGGGGCCGACACGCUGCUCAUGCAUGAUCUACGAGAGUUGUUCGAGUGCAGAUGGAGUCAACUGGUCAUUACCGUUGCCCUUGGUCUUGACGAAGAAGUGGAUCCUCCCCUUCAACCCCUUGUUCAGGGAAUGGGUCGUUCAAAUCCACAGAUAAAGUCGUAUGCAGACAUUUUUGAGGCUUACAUCGGCGGACUGUGUUCAAAAGAUCGGGCAGUCGUGGACCAUUGGAUAUCCACUCUUGUCAGGCGCUUCUAUCGCGAUCUCAUGAAAGAGGUUGAGCGCUAUCUGGGUUCAACCAGCUACCCGAGAGAAAAAUUGGACGUGACAUGCAUUCGCUUGCAUGUUGACUGGGAUCCGUUUUAUGGUCCCUUUCUAGAGCUGAAGCCGAGGCAUGCUUGUUAUCAUCUGCAACCUUGGAGAACAUUCCUACUUCCCGACUGUUUCAUACUGACGUCUAUCGGUCAUCCCCCUCGACUUAUGCGUCAUCCUGUCCUCUCGAGUGAGGAUGUUCACCAGAAACGUAUGCCACGCGAUACAUUCGCAGCAAGUUUCAGAAGGACCGCAAUGGACGCUCGUCAAGGGACCGUUUUGACGAUGACGCCUGUCAACAGGUCUUCCUCUGCACCGUUUCCACCGGGCACCCUGUCAAUGCCCUCCAUGCCAACUUCUUCAAACGUGCAUUUGAGGGUCGUUCAUAACUUGUCUUCAACACAUCUUGAAAUUGACUCCUCCCGACACGCCUCACAGAAUGGUUUGAAAGAGAUAGUGGACCUGACCCAGGACGAAGACGAUGAUGCGGAGAAUGAUAAUGAUUGCGAUUGCGAUAUGAACGAAGUAGAGGACCUUCUAUGAUUGUAGUCGGCUUCAACUCGAAUCUGCUAAGGAGGAACUCAUUUGUAUUUAUGUCAGUUAUAC